CCCGCCUCUCCGUUGUGGUAGACCCGAUGUGGUGCAUGUGUGGUUGUUUUCCUCCUCCUUCUUCUCCAUAUCCGGGGUACAGAUUGGGAGCGUUUCCUGCCGGCUGAAUCUGCGGGAGCCUCGGUGGGGAGACUGGGAAGCGGGCGAAGAGGAUGUUGCGCUAGGAUGGGAGUAGGGUCGCGGAAGAAGGACUCCUCUCCCUUACCCACCCACUGCCUAUUUUAAAAAGAGCUGCCCGUUAUCUUAACUGCAGCGGCUGCCUUUUCAGUCUCUGCCGCUUCCCCACCCUUCCUAACACGUUGCGAUCGGAUGCCUAGCUCUGGGUCCAAAAGUAAGAAUUUGGAACUUGCUAUGAUGACUUCUGCCAGAUGGUUAACUCUCAGCUAGUACUGUUAUCUUGAGAGUUGUAACUGUUUGUGAAAGCUGUCGAAAAGUUGAGACUACACCUGGCCAUUGAGUUGGGAUUGGCUUGCCUGGAAGGACAAUUGUGCUGGAUCUGGAGGCACUAUGGAGUUUGCUGAGCUUAUCAAGACACCUCGGGCUGACAAUGUAGUUCUUCACCGCCCUUUCCAUCCAGCAGUGGAGGGAACCCUGUGCUUAACGGGACACCACCUCAUCUUCUCCUCGCGAAGGCAGGAUAAUGUUGAGGAGCUUUGGCUUUUGCAUUCCAACAUUGAUUCAAUUGAAAAACGUUUUAUCGGCUUCUUGGGCACCAUCAUUAUCAAAUGCAAAGACCUGCGAAUUAUCCAGCUUGACGUUUCUGGCAUGGAGGAAUCUUUGAACAUUGCUAGUUCCAUUGAGGCACUGUCUACCUUGGAUUCCAUUACACUCAUGUAUCCUUUCUUUUAUCGACCCAUGUUUGAAGUAAUUGAAGAUGGCUGGCAUUCAUUCUUGCCUGAAAGUGAAUUUGAACUUCUCAAUUCAAUAACAAAUGAAUGGCGGUUGAGUUACAUCAACAAAGAUUUCUCAGUCUGCCCUUCUUACCCACCUGUUGUCACUGUCCCUAAAUCAAUUGAUGAUGAAUCUUUAUGGAAGGUUGCCACUUUUCGCCAUGGUGGACGCUUCCCAGUACUCAGCUAUUAUCACAAGAAAAAUGGGAUGGUGAUAAUGCGCAGUAGCCAACCACUUACAGGUACUAAUGGGAAGCGUUGUAAAGAGGAUGAGAAGCUGAUCAAUGCCACCCUGAGGGCAGGCAAGCGUGGAUAUAUCAUUGACACACGAUCUCUGAAUGUUGCUCAGCAAGCCCGGGCCAAAGGUGGAGGCUUUGAACAGGAGGUUCAUUAUCCUCAGUGGAGAAGAAUUCACAAAUCCAUUGAGCGAUACAAUAUUCUGCAAGAGAGUCUUAUCAAGCUUGUGGAGGCCUGUAAUGACCAGUCUCAUAAUAUGGAUCGCUGGCUAAGUAAGUUAGAGGCUUCAAACUGGCUGACCCACAUCAAGGAAAUCCUGACCACAGCUUGCUUGGCUGCCCAGUGCAUUGAUAGGGAAGGAGCAUCUGUCUUGAUUCAUGGAACAGAAGGCACUGAUUCAACACUACAGGUGACUUCUCUGGCUCAAAUCAUUCUGGAUCCGAGAUGCAGGACCAUUCGUGGCUUUGAAGCUCUGAUUGAGAGAGAAUGGCGUCAGGCUGGCCACCCAUUUCAACAGCGCUGUGCCCAGUCAGCUUAUUCAAAUAGCAAGCAGAAAUGGGAGGCUCCUGUAUUCCUCCUUUUCUUGGAUUGCGUCUGGCAGAUCCUUCGCCAGUUCCCUUGCUCCUUUGAGUUCAACUAUCAUUUUCUCAUCAUGCUCUUUGAACAUUCUUACGCCUCUCAGUUUGGAACCUUCCUGGGUAACAAUGAAAAUGAAAGGUCUAAGCUUAAGUUGUCUCAGAAGACAAUGUCCUUGUGGUCCUGGGUGAAUAGGCCAGAAGAGCUCAAUCGAUUUAAGAAUCCUCUCUUUGAAGCCAACAGUCUAGUCAUCUGGCCUUCCGUUGCACCACAAAGUCUGCAGCUGUGGGAAGGAGUUUUUCUUCGCUGGAACAGAUCCUCCAAAUUUGUGGAUGAAUCUUAUGAAGAAAUGAUCAACAUUAUAAAAUAUAACAAGGAACUCCAAGUGAAAGUCAACAUGCUGAGACGGCAGCUAGCGGAGCUGGAGAUAGAUGACAACACACAGGAUGAUGGGAUACCAGAGAGCCCCUGAAAUCUGGAACAAUAUAGGGCCAGAUUGUUUCUUCUUGGUUAAGCGAGUCACUUCUACACACUAAGCACUAAACAAAUAAGACUUGCAUGCGCUCAAGCUCCUUUUUGGUGCAAUCAGGUUGAACCUUUUCUUUCUUUCUUUCUUUUUUUUUUUUGCUUCAGAGUUCCUCACUUGGCACUAUUGUCAUCCACCUCCAUUUAGGAAUGUGGUGCUUGUUUUUGUUUACAUGAUGAAACUUAUAAUUUAGCUGGUUGUUGUCCCUCCUUGUCCCCUCCGGAGAGGUGUUUCAUCUUUAAUAAAUUGUGUGUUCGGUUACAGUGUCACUCAGGUUUUUAACCACUACAAACAUCAGUGAGACAAUAGGGGUGCUUUUAGCUUUGUGGAAAUUUUCAUUCUGCAUCUGGCCAAUAUUGUGAGAGUUUCCAUGCUUUGUAAAGGUUGAUCUUUGGGAUCACUGUGGUAAGGCAAUUCUAAAUUUUUCCUUUCUUCCUCAAAGUAAACUUUUUUGUUCUUGUUUAAGACACUGUAACUUGGAUAGGACCUUCAGUCACAAAACAAUCUUUUUCUGUGUUCCUUAUUCCACACUGCAACUUGCAGAAAUGAAAACAAAAAAGUGUCCAAUAAAAAGCAAGACUUUUUAUUACAUUUUCUCUACCCUCCAACACUAGAUGGAGCAGGCAGGGCUGAUCACAUUCAUUUCUUCAACAGGAAGUAGAUUAUGUACAACUGGUAGGAAGGUACAUUUUGGAAUGCUAUCCAUAAAGAUGUGGGAACUUCUCUAUUUUUAGUGAAAAAAUAUUUUCAUUGUUUUUAUUUUUGUUGACCUGUCUGGAAAUGCUAACUUGCCAAAAUGGGAAUGUGUCUUCUAUAGAUACAUAGUAUCUGCUAUAGUAAAUGCAAGCUUUUCUCACAUGUAACCAAUUUGGUGUAAUGUUUGGAUGGUUUUGCUGUAUCAUUGAAUCACUUCUCAGUUGGGGAGACUGUAUCUGGAUAUUUAUGCAAAUACAUGGAUUUGUAUUCCUUAACAAAAUGCACUAUUUGGCUAAAAGUAUAGCUUGACUGAUGGAUAAGUAAUGCAUAUAGCACCAACAGCAUGAAACCUAAGUAACUUUGAUCCAUAGGUUGUUAUCACUAACAGUGAAAUGACUUCGCCCAACAUGGAAGCUUCUUAUCGUUAGCUUUCUGCUAGUAUGUUAAGCUGAAGGUAGGAGGAGAAUUUAAAUAUAUCCACUUCAUAAUCUGGAUUCAGCUUGGUUUGCAGUUUAAGUCAAUUUGGCCUGGGGGUUGAUUUGUCCUAUUCCUAUGGAACUAAAGCAUAUUCAAACAUCAUUGAAGAGGGAGUAUCUGUGUUAUGCAUGCUCACACUUGUUAAAGCCUUUAACAAAUUACUAAUGUUAGGUAUAUAUGUCAGAACUGCAUUCUGUUGUAGAAUUUCCUCUUAGUCAAAGGCUUUUGAGGAAUAUAGCUAUGCUUUCAUUUUUUUAACAUCUACAAGUAAGAGGCCUUACUUUGUGUUUUGCUCUGUUUCUUUGAAUGUUCUAUAAUACUUCUUUUUCUAUACCACUUAAAAGAAAUAACUGCCUGUUUUAUUCUAUUUUCUUCAGAUAUCUAUCUCACUAGACAUGUCUGUUUCCUGAUCUUUGGAACAUACAACCCUUCUUGAUCUGAUGUGGAUUUUUAAAAAUUUCCCCAUUUUGAUCAGAAGCUUUUUUUUAGAGACAGUGUCUCUUGAACGAACACAUUUUAUUCUUUGCCACCAUGUCAACUUAGCUGACAGUAUAAGAGGUUCCCCUCCUGAAAAUGCAACAUAAUACAAUUGCAUUGCUGAAACAAUAGAGCAUUCAGCAUUUUAUUGUUAAUGUGAAAUAUAUCAUCCCUUUUAAUGAAUUUUACUAAAUAUUUUGGAGUAGGAACAACAUGUGGCGCUUUUUUUUUUUUUUUUUUUUUGGUGCGGAGGAAGACUUGGAAUUGUGGAUAAAUGUGCCUAACCUAACCUGCUCAUCAUCUCCUUGCACCUCUCCCCAAAUCCUUUUGGAAGAGCCAGGAAUGUACAGUAUUCAUUUUCUUCAAGGAAUGCUGCUCAGAAUUAGUACUGUCUGUAACUCUUGUUAUUUUUACUAAGAUACAUUUCUUCCUAAGUAGAGUGAUAGCUUGCUCUUCACAAUAGAUUGGAAGCUGCAAGCCUGUUCCAGGACUUUACCAAUAAUGGUUGGACUUACCAGACACAUGUAUUUGCCACUACAAGGUUUAGAACAACAAAGGGACAUUUUCAAAUUCAUUUGGAUAUCACACAAAGGUAGUCAUGCGGUAUUAGAAUAACAGAGCAGAGGGGAAACUGGGAAUGGGCAUUUUUUUAGGUGCUAUCCUUUUUCUCAGUAGCUAGGACAAUAUCCAGUUGAACUAACCAGGAGAUGUGGGCUAACUUCACCUAUACUUGCCUUUCUAUGAUUUUGUGGUUGUUGGAAAUUAUGGCACAUUAUAGGGUUGCUUGGUUUAACAGGUUAACCAGGAUGUUACUGCCAUUGAAUUUCUGGGAAAAGGUAAAAUAUCAGGGAUGAAAGUUCAGAAUCUUCACCCUGAACUAUUUUCAGCUUAGUUUGGCAACUUUUAUAUGGAUUUCACUCUUAUGUUUUAAGCCCAACCAUAACCUUUUCGCCAUAAUCAACUUCUACCCUCAAAUGGACUUUUAACUGGCACCACUCUAAAAUGUUGAAAUAAAUAGACUGCAUAUCUGUUUAUUUCGAAGUUAUUUUCUUGUUAAGUUUUGAUGUGAUUUUUGCAUAUGAUAUUUAUGAUAUAGCUCAUUAUCUUCAAGAAUUGGUUGUAAACUAUUCAUAAUCUUAAUAGUUAAUUUUUGAUAGUUUUUGAAAGGUGUGUUUUAUUAAAGGGAAGUGUAAAUAACAAUAUUUACAAUGCAGUAUUUAUUAUUUGCAUGAAUUAGAUCUUAGUACAAUUGCGUUAACAGUUAUAAAUAUGUCAUUUCAUAUGGUUUCAUAAUAGUUUCAAGAUUGGUUAACAUUUCACCCUUUUCCAGAAAAAAAAAAUCAAUUGUAUUUUCAUACUACUAUGAAUUCUGGAACUUAUUUUCCUCAUUAAAAAUUAGGUCCUUUAUAACAGUGCAAAGAUGGCCCAUCUUGGUUUGCCUGCUUGAUUUCAACAAACCUAAAUAUCAAUACUUCUUGUAGUGGCUAUUACAAAAUCAUACUUAUGAAGGUUUGUCAUUUUCUAAAAUGUCUAAAUCUUUGUGUUUUUUUUUUCCUCCUAAUGUCUGCACGUGAGACAGAGAAUUGAGGUAAAUUCUGAAUACUGUUAUAGGGAUUCUAUGUAUUGUAAUAGUGAAUUGUGUAGAAAAGAGUAACCUGGUUUCAUUUCUACAACUGAACAUUUCAUAUGACUAGGGUCGCCUUCCACUCUCUCUUGGGCUCUGCAAAAAUAAUCUAAUUAUAUUGUGUGGAUAGAUGCCAGCUCUUGCCAAUAUUAACAAUUUUUGGCUACAAUCUGCCUGCUGUAAUUAUUUGAAAUUGCUGCCUCAGCAUUCGUGAAGUCUUCAGUUUUAAAAAUCAAAAUAAACUUGAGAAGUUACUCUUUUA